GGACGGUGGCACCUGCAGUGGUGAGGGCACCAGGGAAACCUGUCAGCAGGCCCAUGUGGCCCCAAGAGGGCCUGGUGGGAGCUCAGGAGAGCCCAAGCCCCCGGAGGACAAGCUCCCCUCAGAGAGGAAGAAGCUGAAGGUGGAGGAGCUAAGCUGCCAGGAGCUCCUGGGAGCAGGAGGAGAGACUCCCGGUGGCCCCAUGCAGACUGCCUCACCACCACCUCAGAACCAGGACACUGACCCUGGGGAAAAGCCAGGGGGUCUGCCUGGAAGUGGCAACCGCACAGAAAGGGUCAUGUCUGGGGCCCUGAGGUGGGAGGGUCCUCAAGACACGGAGCCUCCACCACGUUCCCCUGGGUGUUCCUCCCAGCUGACCUCCCACCCUCCAGCUCCUCACACCCUCACUGGCCCGGUGGACAUGGCCUUUCCUCCCCAGUACCUCCUCAGGUUUCCCCAGCGAGACACCCGCCCCCUGUCGCCUGUUCCCCAGAAGCCGGACCAAGGUCAGGACUCUAUCAGCAAGAGAGGGGGGCCUGAGGUACAGACAUCCUUUGCCGAGUCAGGGCAGGGGGCCCUCCUGCCUCCCUGUCCUGUCUCAGGCCAGGCCCCAGCUGGAGAAGACAGCUGCUGGGAACACCCCAGCUGGUCCAGGCCGUGUGACCAGAGAGAGGAGAGGGGCGGCUUGAAGGCUGGCAUCCCAACAGCCAGGGCUCUCAAGGGGUCGGCCUCCUUCUUGCCUGCCCCAAUGUGUGACUCUUGGAGGAGCGGGGCCCAUGACACCCAAGAAAUCUGCAGGAGCAACACUGUGGUGAGGGCUGGGCCCUCUGGGGGUGUCCUCAAUCCCUGGGAACCCACUGGGGAGCUGGGGGCGCCUUCUGAGAGUGCCACUCAAGGCCCUCCUUCGGGGUCUCUAGCGGAGCUUCAUCCCUGCUGCUCCCACCAGCCUGGCUCCUCUCUCUCGGCCAGCAUGGCUCCCCACUGGCCUGAGUUGGCCUUGCGCACCAAUGCAGAGCCUGCCAGGAGCCGCGGGGUCCAGGGCCCUUUUCCAUCGCUGAGGGCCGAGCCCCGGCUCACGUGGUGUUGCCUGAGCCGCAGCCUCCCCCUGCCGAUGGAGCAGAAGGAGAAGGAUGCUUCUGUGUAUCUGGGCUUACAUUUGCCUGGAGGUGGCCUCCAGGGUGAGGGUCCGGACGCCUGGCUGGUGAGCAAAACAUUGUCUGGAGCAUGGACCAAGAUACGCCCUGGAGAUGGAGGGCAGAUGCAGAUAUCGAAGCUCUCUGACCCAACAGCCCGAGGGAUGCUGUCCCGGGACCGGGUGUCUGAGCCAGAGUGGAAGAAACGACGGUCUCGUAGAAGAGCGAAGAUACCUCGUGGGAGCAGCAGGUGGAAACAUCUGAGCACCCACUCUAAAAGGUACAGAGGGAAUUUCUUGCAGAGCCGUGUCCAGCUGAGAGUCAUUAGACUGCGGAAGCCACACUGGGUUCUGAGAAAAGAUGGCCACCCACCCCGAGCCAAGGGGCCGGACCCCCAUAGGACUCAAGGGCAGGCUUCUUCAGAGAUGGCAGAUUUUCACGAGGGGUCUGACUGAGAAAGCCAAGAGAACCACUCUUCAUGCUUCUAGCCCUCAUUUUUUGAUGGAUAUUCAUGCAAUUUUCUCAUUGUUUUUCUGUCAGCAUUCACAGAAACCAUGUAAACUGCUUUAUUUCAAAACCAUUAUGUUGGUUCACUCCGUGAUAAUUUAAGC